UCGGCGCUGUGAGGAGGAGAGGCCUCCCCAGCGGCCAGAGGAUGCCAACGGACAGCAGCCACCUGCCAGACAGUAGCCAUGAACAAGACUCUCUUACUACUUCAAGCAGUAAUUCCCUGCAUAAUGCUGAGGAAUCGGGAGCUGAACAAGAAAAUGGCACUUGUGACAGUGACCUGGAUAACAGCAUUGGAGUUCCCAACUCCACCAGCCAGCCAUCGACUUCCAUGGAUGUUCCUUUGGAGGUGCCCAGAAGAGGACAACCCCUUCUACACAUCAACAGGCAGCAGAUUCAGUCGGUCUCAGACAGCGCACAAGCUGCUGAGCUCAAGGGUUUAGGAGUUGAUGUCUAUGACCAGGAUGUAUUGGAGCAAGGAGUUCUCCAGCAAGUAGAUAAUGCAAUUAACGAAGCUAAUAAAGCAGCAAAAAGAGCUGAUGCAGAGAAGGAAUAUCAGUCAGUGCUGGAUGACAUCAGGUCAUGUACGACAUCUCUGAAACAAAUAGAUAAAAUUAUUGAGCAACUUUCACCUCAAGCUGCUGACAACAAAGAUAUAAACAGAAAACUCGAUUCUGUAAAACGGCAAAAAUAUAACAAGCUUGUCUUUGGGCAGAGGAUGCCAACGGACAGCAGCCACCUGCCAGACAGUAGCCAUGAACAAGACUCUCUUACUACUUCAAGCAGUAAUUCCCUGCAUAAUGCUGAGGAAUCGGGAGCUGAACAAGAAAAUGGCACUUGUGACAGUGACCUGGAUAACAGCAUUGGAGUUCCCAACUCCACCAGCCAGCCAUCGACUUCCAUGGAUGUUCCUUUGGAGGUGCCCAGAAGAGGACAACCCCUUCUACACAUCAACAGGCAGCAGAUUCAGUCGGUCUCAGACAGCGCACAAGCUGCUGAGCUUAAGGGUUUAGGAGUUGAUGUCUAUGACCAGGAUGUAUUGGAGCAAGGAGUUCUCCAGCAAGUAGAUAAUGCAAUUAACGAAGCUAAUAAAGCAGCAAAAAGAGCUGAUGCAGAGAAGGAAUAUCAGUCAGUGCUGGAUGACAUCAGGUCAUGUACAACAUCUCUGAAACAAAUAGAUAAAAUUAUUGAGCAACUUUCACCUCAAGCUGCUGACAACAAAGAUAUAAACAGAAAACUCGAUUCUGUAAAACGGCAAAAAUAUAACAAGGAGCAACAACUGAAGAAGAUCAAAGCGAAACAAAAGCGUCUGCAAGCAAUUCUUGGCGGAACGGAGAUUCUUGAUAGAGUAAACGAGAUUGAAUUUGAGGACAAUGAAGAACCCGGUCCAUCGUGUCUCGGGAGCAUGCUUAUGCCUGCUCAGGAAACGGAGUGGGACGAGCUCAUUCGCACUGGCCAGAUGACCCCGUUUGGAACUAAAAUACCUCAGAAGCCAGAGAGGAAGCCAAGACGGUUGAUGCUAAAUGAAGCCUCUGAUUUUGAGAAGUACUUAGCGGACCAAGAUAAGCUGUUAUCUGAAAGAAAGAAGUUAGCCCUUCACAAAGGAGCGAAAAAGAAGGCACAAGCCAAAAACGCUCAGUGCGGAGCUUCCGUGUCCCCUGCGAAGGAAAAAAGGGCCAAAACCCUGACAAAAACCCUGACAAAAACAGAUAAGCGCUUACGAAAACACCUGAGGAAACUUCAGAAGCACGCCCUCCUGAUCCAGCCAAAGGCAGAGAUUCCAAAACAGAAGAAAUACCCCGAGGCCAAGAAGCUCAAGCGUGACGAGGAUGAGAGCGGAGAGUCCGAGUACGUACCUGACGAGGAGCUCUUUGAUCCAGAAGCAGCGGAAGAGGAGGAAGAGCAGGUGUCUUCUCCUGCUGAGAAUGAUUCCGAUUAUGAACUCAAGAACCUGUCAAGAAAAAGAAAAUAUUCGGCGAAGAGAGAUUGUAAAGAAGGUGUGGAUGAUGCUGACUACUUCCCCAGCUCGGAGGAAGAGGAGUACACACUGGGGAAGCGCAAAGUGAAGAGGUGGAGAGAUGAUGGAGAUGAAGAUUAUUAUAAACAGAGAUUAAGGAGGUGGCAAAAAGAACGUUUGAAGGACAAAGAACAUCAAACAGCUGAGGAACUUUCUGAAGAAAGUGACACUGAAUUUGACGAGGGUUUCAAAGUACCGGGAUUUCUCUUUAAAAAGCUUUUUAAGUACCAGCAGACAGGUGUUAGGUGGCUCUGGGAAUUGCACUGCCAGCAGGCGGGAGGAAUCCUGGGAGAUGAGAUGGGAUUGGGCAAAACCAUCCAGAUAAUUGCCUUUUUGGCAGGUCUGAGCUACAGCAAGAUCAGGACUCGCGGUUCAAAUUACAGGUACCAGGGAUUGGGUCCAACAGUGAUUGUUUGUCCAGCUACUGUGAUGCAUCAGUGGGUAAAGGAACUCCACACUUGGUGGCCUCCCUUUAGAGUCGCAAUUCUCCAUGAAACUGGUUCUUACACAGACAAAAAGGCGAAACUAAUCCGUGACAUCGCUUCGUGCCACGGCAUUUUAAUUACCUCCUAUUCCUACAUCCGCCUGAUGCAGGACGUCAUCCACCGCUACGACUGGCACUAUGUCAUCCUGGAUGAGGGGCACAAAAUCCGAAACCCAAACGCCGCCGUCACGCUUGCCUGCAAGCAGUUCCGCACGCCCCAUCGGAUCAUCCUGUCGGGGUCCCCCAUGCAGAACAACCUCAAGGAGCUCUGGUCCCUCUUCGACUUUGUGUUCCCAGGGAAACUGGGGACCCUGCCCGUGUUCAUGGAGCAAUUCUCUGUUCCAAUAACCAUGGGAGGAUAUUCCAAUGCCUCUCCUGUGCAGGUAAAAACUGCUUACAAAUGUGCCUGUGUGUUGCGGGACACCAUAAACCCCUACUUGCUGCGAAGAAUGAAGGCUGAUGUCAAAAUGAGCCUUUCUCUCCCAGAUAAAAACGAACAGGUCCUCUUUUGCCGUUUGACAGAUGAGCAGCGUCAAGUCUAUCAAGAUUUCAUCAACUCUAAAGAAGUUUACCAGAUACUCAACGGAGACAUGCAGAUUUUCUCAGGACUCGUAGCUUUGAGAAAGAUUUGCAACCACCCAGACCUCUUCUCUGGUGGCCCCAGGAUUCUGAAGGGGGUCCCAGAUGCUGAAGUGGAGGAAGUGGAUCAGUUUGGAUACUGGAAACGUUCUGGAAAAAUGAUAGUGGUGGAAUCCUUGCUGAAAAUAUGGCACAAGCAAGGUCACCGAGUGUUGUUUUUUACUCAAUCGAGACAGAUGCUGCAGAUACUUGAAGUUUUUGUGAGAGACAGAAACUAUUCCUACCUCCGGAUGGAUGGCACCACGACCAUAGCUUCCAGACAGCCCCUUAUAACGAGAUAUAACGAGGACAAAUCCAUAUUUAUUUUUCUUCUGACCACUCGUGUGGGUGGCCUUGGAGUGAACUUGACUGGUGCUGACCGGGUUAUUAUCUAUGAUCCCGACUGGAAUCCCAGUACAGACACACAGGCUCGGGAACGUGCCUGGAGGAUUGGCCAGAAGAAGCAGGUGACGGUGUACAGGCUCCUCACUGCGGGUACCAUCGAGGAGAAGAUCUACCACAGACAAAUCUUCAAACAGUUUUUGACGAACAGAGUGCUGAAGGACCCCAAGCAGAGGCGCUUUUUCAAAUCCAAUGACCUUUAUGAACUUUUUACUCUCAGCAGCCCGGACGUGUCUCAGGGCACAGAAACAAGUGCCAUUUUUGCAGGUACCGGUUCAGAUGUUCAAGUCCCCAAACCCCAACUUAAACGGAAACUUGAGAAGCCACCAGAUGAUGACACUUCUAAAGGCAAUCCCCAUGUUAUGGAAGGCAGGUCACCCAAGUACAGAAGAUCAUCCAGUUCCUGCUCAGCCACCCACGACACACAUUCUUCUAAAGCAAUAGAGACAAGGGAGGAAAGCAAAGGAAAUCUGGAAAAUUUUGACCAAAAUAGCUAUGCAAAAGAUAAUGCAGGAGCUGCUGCUAAUUCAGAGAACACCGCGGUGGCUGAUGAGGCCCGUGGGGCGGCAAACUCCAAUAUGAAGGGAGAUUUUAGCCUCCCCUGUGGUGCAGCUGCCUCUUGGGAAACGCAGGUUGCUAAAACAGAAGAUGGGCAAUUAGAUAAUAAUCAUUCCAAAUGCACCUCAAAAACAAAGCACAGGGUGGAUGUGCCGUCCCACCAGAGCCACAAGGAGAAGCUGAAGAAGAAACAGCACAAAGACGCCAAAUUUGAAGGAGAGCGCAUUCCCCAUCUCGUGAAACAGAAGUGCUACAGAAAGAACAGUGAAGAGAAGGAGGAAGAUGCAAAGAAAAAUGAUGACUACGUCUUGGAGAAACUUUUCAAAAAAUCAGGGGUGCACAGUGUUAUGAAGCACGAUGUCAUCAUGGAAGCCUCCAGUGCGGACCACGUGCUGGUGGAAGCAGAAGCCAGCAGGGUGGCCCAGGACGCCCUAAGAGCCUUAAAAGUCUCUCGACAGCGAUGUUUAGGAGCUGCUUCUGGGGUGCCAACCUGGACAGGCCUCAGCGGCCUCUCAGGGGCACCAUCAGGAAUCAAGAGUCGGUUUGGUCGAAAGAGAAACUCCAUGCUGCUCUCUUCACAUUCCACUUGUGCAUCACCUGCCAAGAAGUGCAAGGAUGCAGAUAUAAUAAAGAAAGAAAACGUAAAGAAGUGUCCUUCCAAUGGGCACUUUGAUGGAAAAUCUGGAGAAUCCUCAUCCAGCGCACUGGACUCUUCGUCUUUAUUGGCCAAGAUGAGGGCGAGGAACCACCUCAUUUUACCCCAACGGAUGGAGGAGGAGGGAGAUGAGAAUCAUCACCAAGCACCUGCCCAGGCCCCACCUGCCACAGAAUAUGAUGAGCUGCUGGUGGACGUGCGGAACUUCAUCGCCUUCCAGGCCCGGGUGGAUGGUGAGGCCAGCACUCAGGAGCUGCUGCACCACUUCGAGUCCAAACUGCCCCUGGAACAGUCCUGUGUCUUCAGGGAGCUCCUCCGUAAUCUCUGCACCUUCCACAGGAACCCCAGAGGGGAGGGGGUCUGGAGGCUAAAGCCAGAAUUCCAGUGACUUCCCAGUCUUUGUCCUUUCAAAGACUCACCGUUUACCUUUUAAAAAUGAGGAAUUAUUUCAUAUUCAGCAUUUAAUAAUUGACUGCGGCGCUUGUUGCAGGCUCGGAGCUAACUUAAUUUCUGCUUGACACUAUUUAUAUGAAAGUGCCAUCUACCUCAUGGAUGAAACGAUACGAAAUCUCAGCACCUUUUCUUUAAAAGAAACCUUAGUGUAAAUGGGGUGAGGAAUACACAAACUGACGGUUUAUUGCAAUAAGAACCAUGGAUGUUGCCGUGGGUUGUAAGACUUUUAUCUGAUUUCUGUGAAAUUCCAAGAACUUCUUCCUUGAUUUCCUGUAUCUUACUUGAAUGGUCGUGGGGCACAGGGUGUACCAUCGAAAAAAAGAAAAUGAUAGCUGUCAGCCUGAGAGAUUCACUGGUACCAAAAAGUGCAUAAAAAUCACCGUACGGCACUUCCAUCAGUAGGGAGAAGUUUGGUUUAAUGUUGGUGCUUUUAGUGGUGCCAGCAUCAGGCAACACAGGAAAUAAUUCCAUUAUUGGGAAAUAAUUCUACUGCCACAGGUUUAAUCACUAAAAUGGGAAGGCUGGCAGGGUAUUGAGGUGACUGGCAGUUAAUAAUUAUGGAAAACUUGAUAUCUUAUGGAAAAGCCGUAGUCAUGGCUGCGUUACACUCCCAUAAACCAGUGGCAGUUGCUUGGUACAGUAUUUCUUAGCACCGAGGUGACAGUAACUGUUGUGUUUGUCACAGGUCGGGGGCUGAUAAUUGAAAUCCCAUUAAACAUUCACGGGCCUCACUGUGAUUUAUGUCAAAAACUUUCCAGUUCCCUCUUAGCACUUAAAAGCUUAUACCUUGACAAAGAGGGGGGAUGGUUUCACUGUAUGUCACUAAAUAUAAUCACUUUUGGCCAGAGAUGUAAUGAGAAUAUACAGAAGUUAUGGGUCAUACUCAGUCUGCAGAUCAGGAAAAUCUCAGUCUUCCUGACAGUCAGACAAAUUCCAGUACCCGUUUCCUUCCAAGGCAAGGAAGGAUUGGAUUAUUUGUAGCAAACUCGAGUACUACACUGGCUCUGUUGUGUGGAAAUCUUAAGGAGGGGGGAAAGAAUGGAUAGAUUUUGGGAAGAAAACCACAUUCUUGCAGCAUCAUUAAAUUACUGUACAGCUUCAAACUAGGAGCAGUUAAAUACACCCAAUAUCCUUCCUGUCCCCAAGCGACUGAGCAGAGGGAAAGCUGAGCUACUUUUAGUUUUUUCUUCAGUGUGAAAGUAUCUUGUUUACCUCAAGUAAAGUGCAACUGUGGAAAAGAUGAGGGGUGAAGCAAGAGUAUAAACCACUACUUUGUUCUCGUAAAGAAAGUCUUUACAAUACUUCCAAUGCCUUUUCUUCUUGUGUUGCUCCAUGCUGAGGGAUCCGUAGAGAUUUGUGGUGGUGCCUCACUGUUUUCCAUCACUGCUUCGUUGGCUUUUCAGCUGGAGAUGGAGAGGGCAGAAGGUCCAAGAACCUGUCCCUUUCCCUCAUGGCAUUUGGAGGUGGGGCUCUUGCACCUUUUUCAGGAAAAAACAUCUGUUUUUUUCUGAUUUUCAUUUAUAUUCACUUACAUUCCCUCUUUCAGGAGAAAGAUGAAGCCAAGAAUCCAGGCUGCAAUUACAAAACACUUCUUCAAAAAUUGCAGAUCUGUUGAUGUGACUUAAAAUGGAUCACUAAAAGAGUAAAAACAGACCAAUUUGCUGUUCUCUUCCAAGCUAUAGAGAAUUUUAAUUGGGUUUGGGUGUCAUGCCCCAGGAACAAACCAGGAAUUCAGCUUUUGGCAAAGCUGCUGCUGUCCCUGUAGCUGUCACUCAUGGUGCCCUGUUUUAUUUACUACUCCCAGUCCUAAAGUUCCUGUACUCAGGAAGGUUUGCAGCUUCGCACUGAUCUGUUGAUGUAAAUGGACUUGCAUGUGCUUUUUAUAAACCCUUGGCUU